ACGACGUGUUGAUAUUUUUUCUAAAAAAAUACUAAUAAAUAAAACCCUUAAAGACAAUUUUGUCACUACGACCGACGAUAGAUGUAUUGUUUGAUAUAUUAUUAAAAUAUGUUAGGUGCUUUGGUUCAGUUUUUCUCAGACAAUCCCACCAGAUAGCAUAAGUGUUGCAAUGUUGAACGGAGCAGGCCAGGCCACGCUUCAGCUGCUGCCGGACAACACCGUCCUGAACGAAGGCACUGAGGAGGAGUUGAAAUGUUACGGGUAUAGGGAGAGUGGUUGUAAGAGAUGCUUGUUCUACUUCCUGGUUGUGAUCACACUUGGCCUGGUUUUCCUCCUGUUGUACUGGAAACCGGAACUUGAGUGCUACCUGAAGAAGUCCCGCUGUGUUCUCUACAGGGCAGAUACUGUCCUUCUUAUGGACAGAUAUGAGCAAAAGUAUGUGUGCACCAUCAAGUCACUAAACAUCGCUGAUGAACUUUCGGAGUUUAACGAUGCAUACAAUCGGGAAGAAUCAGGCCCAGAAAACUCCCUCGACCACAGUGAUAUGGCCACACUCACUGUCAAACAGUUUGAGCCUGUAGUGUUGUACUUUGACUUUCAACAUGUACGCUACAUCUGGAGCAGCAGGUCAAAAACCUACUCCAAACUGCUAGACCUGUCGAGUAACACCCUGAUGACGUCCCUGGAGAAUCACAAGGCUCUAACCCGUUUACAGCAGGCCCAUCGUCGCAUGUUGUACGGCAACAAUAGCGUCGAGGUUGAGGUAAAGUCGUACUGGAAGCUCCUCAUUGAAGAGGUCCUGAAUCCGUUCUACAUCUUCCAACUGUUCAGUAUUGUGCUGUGGACCACGGACCAGUACUAUGUGUAUGCCUUGUGUAUCCUGGUCAUAUCUCUCAUCUCAAUCAUCAUUUCUCUCUACCAGACGAAACGGCAAAUGGUAACAUUACACAACAUGGUUAAGACGGAUGCCACCACCAUCUCUGUUGACAGAGGGGACAGUUGCUAUGAGACCAUUCCUGUGACUGAUCUUGUUCCCGGGGAUAUUAUCGCCGUCCCGUCACAAGGCUGCACUAUGACCUGUGACGCUGUGGUUCUACAGGGGAGUGUCAUUGUAAAUGAAAGCAUGCUGACAGGUGAGAGUCUGCCGGUCACCAAGACAGCGAUAGCUGUCCACGAUCAACAGGAGGUUUACAGUCCGACAGAACACAAGCGCAACACUGUGUUUGCCGGCACCAAGGUGCUACAGACCAGGUUUUAUGGGGGCCGUAAGGUGCCUGCCGUAGUUAUUAGGACAGGUUUUAACACUGCAAAGGGUGAACUUGUGCGCGCCAUUCUGUUCCCUAAGCCCCUGGGCUUCAAGUUCUAUCGGGACGCCAUGAGAUUUAUCAUGUUUCUUGCGGUGGUUGCGUGUUUUGGAAUGGCCUACAGUGUUUAUACCCACGUGGUUCUCCUACAUGCUUCAGCCAGGAGGAUUGUACUACGGGUGUUGGACGUAGUUACAAUAAUUGUACCACCUGCCCUCCCUGCGGCCAUGACAGUUGGAACGGUGUACGCUCAGAAUCGUCUCAAGAAAAAACAAAUAUUCUGUAUUAGUCCACCUAGGAUCAACUUCUGUGGACGUCUGAAUCUCUUCUGCUUUGAUAAGACUGGCACGUUGACAGAGGAUGGAAUGGACCUGGGAAAAGUGCUGCCUGUGGUCGACUCAAGGUUUUUACAUUCAGUAUCUGAUCCAAGCCUAUUAGAUCGGAACAAUCUUCUGAUUGGCCUGGCUACUUGUCACUCCCUCACAAUAAUCGACGGGGAAAUUUCUGGUGACCCUAUGGACAUUGUCAUGUUUAAAUCAACAAAAUGGAUGUUAGAAGAACCAGGUAGCGACACAUCCAAGUUUGACAACAUCAUGCCAACCAUUGUUAAGCCUGUCACCAGAGAAACCUUUAUGCCUGAAGAGGAUCUAGGGGAGGCUACUAACUUUGAGGUUGGGAUUGUGCACCAGUUCCCAUUUUCCAACAAGUUGAAGCGAAUGAGCGUAAUAACACGGACAUUUGGGAAGAGUAACAUGGAUGUCUUCUGCAAGGGCGCUCCGGAGGUGGUGAUGAAAAUCUGUGAUAACAAAACUGUACCCGAUGAUACGGAUGAGAUCAUGAUGCAGUACGCCAUCCAGGGUUUCCGAGUGAUGGCGUUGGCAGGGAAACCACUUGACCCCAAGGUCACAUGGCACCAAGUGCAGAGAAUGUCAAGAGAUGAUGCAGAGAGUGGACUGACCUUCCUUGGCCUGUUGAUCUUCCAGAACAAACUGAAACCCCAGUCGAAGCCUGUUAUACGAACACUGCGGUCUGCUGGCAUACGUACAGUCAUGAUCACGGGAGACAGGUCAGAGACUGCAGUGAGUGUUGGGCGUAACUGUGGGAUGAUUGAUUCCCGGGACCAUGUCGUUGUGGUGAAGGCAAGCAAGUCUGAGGAGGGACGCCCAGCUUCCAUAUGUUGGGAGGCCCUAGAGGGAGCCCACACGGAGAGCCCUGAUUUGUCUUCUGACCCUGACAGUGAGGACACUCCAUUUUUAAGCUCAUCUUAUCAACAGCAGCAUGGAGGAGUUCAGUUCUCCAAUUAUAAAUACAGUGCUGCGAAAAAGGUGACAACUCGUGUGCCAAUGGAGGAGCCAAAGACACACUUAGCUAUUGAUGGGUAUUCCUUGUCCGUGCUGGAGGAACACUUCCCCGAGACCCUGCGUAAGGUGUGUGUCAGGGGAACCAUCUUCUCCCGCAUGUCACCAGACCAGAAGUGUCUCCUUAUCCAAAAGUUCCAAGAACUGGGGUACAGUGUUGGUAUGUGUGGAGAUGGGGCCAAUGACUGUGAGGCUCUGAAGGCGGCCCAUGCUGGGAUCUCCCUGUCAGAAGCUGAGGCCUCAGUAGCUGCCCCUUUCACCUCAGCAAUCAACAACAUAGAGUGUGUUACCACGCUAAUGAGGGAGGGGCGAGCGGCUCUUGUCACCUCGUUUGGCUGUUUCAAGUACAUGGCCUUGUACAGCUUCAUACAGUUCAUCUCUGUCAUGAUUCUAUACACUUACGAAUUUAGCCUGUCAGACUGGCAGUUUCUGUACAUUGAUCUUGCAAUCACCACAACCAUCGCAAUCCUCAUGGGCUACACGGAAGCAUAUGAGAGGUUGGUGUCUCAUCGCCCAGAGGGUUCUCUCCUCAAGCCAACCAACAUCCUGUCAAUUCUCCUGCAGGUCUCCUGUGCAGCUUUGUUUCAGGCUGCAGCUCUCUUUUAUCUCAUAGAGCAGCCAUGGUAUGUGGAACAGAAACCUAGAAAUGAUGCGGACACCCAGUCAUGGGUGAGCACUGUGGUGUUCAUUGUCUCCUCAUACCAGUAUAUUGUGGUCGCCUUCUGCUUCUCCAAGGGCCCACCCUUCCGCAAGAGGAUCUACACUAAUGUGCCCUACUUGUCCAGUCUUAUAUUUCUGACGAUUCUUUCCACCUGUAUCUUCAUGAUUCCAAUUGAAUUUCUUCUCAAAAUUUUCAAGAUGGAGGAUCUAGGCGAACACAAUCUCCAGUUCCGCCUCGUCCUGCUUGCAAUUGUUGGUGGACAUUUUCUAGCUUCCUAUAUCAUAGAGUACUUUGUGACAGAAAACCUGUGUGUGAAAUCUUGCAUAAAGUCCUGCUUAAAAUGUGUUCAGCCAAAGAAAUUACCUGCACAAUAUAAACUGCUUGAAAAAGAAAUGGAGGGAUCUGAUUGGCCGCCCACAGGUGAAGAAACAACCAAUGAUAGGAGCCCUUCUUUUGACUUGACACUGCAGCAAGAUGGGAAUUUCCCUCUAUCUAUUAAUAGAUGACAGAGGGAGAUGUUCUUAUACAUGUAUAGUUUGAACAAAAAGUCAUAUUUAUUAGGAGCCAAUUUGUUGUACAUUAUAUGAAUGAUAUUAUUUUGUCAUUGCUUUUACCGUAAUACAUUUGUUGUUAAAUGCACCAGGACUAAGGCUUAUUAUAUAGAUAGACUAUUAAUGAUUAUUAGACGUAUUUAAAAUUUAUCCAUUUCAUUUUGUAGAAAUUGUACAAAUAAAUUGAAUAAAGUUUAUAAAUGAGCUUUAUCAAGGAAGGUCACAUGUACAUCGUCACUUCAUGUUUUUUUGUCAUAGUGACAUUUUCAAUGUUUGCAUCAUACAUAUUGUCUCUAUGGGUACAGCCAUUUUAUUUUCUGAUCAGAAUAUUUUGAAAAGGGAUAAUUGUCAUUUUUACAAUAAGACCCAUCUCUCUACUUGUCUCGGUUGAAUAUUUCAUGAUCAGAAAAGACUGACAACCAUUGAAAAAGAAUGUGAACAAAGUCUUUUAUUACUUGUUUAAGACUAUACUGUCUAUGAUUGAACACAUAUCAAAAUAAAGUGAACAAUCUAUAUGUAUAUGGGUAUUUCUUUACUCUGUCUCUUAAGUUGAUACUGGUACCUAUAUAUUUUUUUUUAUUUCUAAACCAUUAAAGAUGCACUCUUACUCCCAACUAAGAUUGACCAUAAUACAAUUUUUUUGAUUUACCAAAAAGGAUGAAUAAAUGUCGAAAACAAUGGUUCUUAUGAAGGAUACCGAGUUUAAUUUGAAAGAAAGGUGCAGAAAACAUGGUAUUUCUACCUUAUGAGACUAUAGUAGAUCACAGUAAAUCUUUUAGCACUCACCAAUCAUUUUAUAUUUUUGUCUUUUGAGCUAUUAAAAAAUUGGUUAUAAUCUUGUUACCAGUAAAUAAUAGUUUCUAUUAAUGUAUUAUUUAGUAAUUAAAGAUGUAUCAAAAUAUAUGUUUGUUAUACAUGUGUAUGUAUUGAUUUUGAUUAACAGUGUCAUUUUAAUCUUUAUUCACACAUUCCAUUUCAUUUCUUUAUUAUUAUUUUUUGUCCUGCAUAGAAACAAAGUCAACCAGAUUAUGAAAAAUAAGUGGUAACCUUGCCAUCAACAUUAAAUGUAUUUAACAGACUGUUGGACGUAGUUCUGAGGCAAAUAAAUAUGUACAAAACUUUACCAUGUAACAGUGCUCAUAUCCAUAGAAUUCCCAUUGCUUUUUACUCUGUGAAUACAUUUUUAUUGCAUGUGUUUAGACUUCUUUCUUUCUGCUUACCACAUUUUGUUAGAAUCUCGCUCAUUCCAUUGUUAUGUCAGUUUGAUAUAGUCAUGUUUUUGUUUCUUGAAAUAUUAUUUCUGUAUUUACAUUUUUUGUAUUCAUUUAUUUUGUGUUGUAUCACCAUGUUAUAUCUAAAUGAAAUGUACACAUAAUAUCCCCUACAUUUUAAUUAGAGGCGUAUACAUACAUUUGUUUAUUCUGAAACACAAAUUUUGGGAUUUAUUAAAAUUACAUUUUCCUUGUUGCAUUAAUUGAUGAGGGUUUUAAAAUGAUAUGAAUAUUGAUAAUGAGUACAACAACUGGACAACUAGUUCAGGUAUUCGGUCUUUAAACUUGUGAUCUCAAAGUUAUCUGAAAUUUAUAGGUUAAUCAUAACAAGGUUGUUAUAAUCUAAUAACUAUGAUUGUAACGGUGAAGUUAUUAAAACUACAUCAUCAACCCAGUUUAAUUCUUUUAUUCUAUCAAUUUCGUUUACAACCUAAUAAAUAGUGAGGGAAAUAAAGAAAGCAUUAAAUAUAUUUCUGGAUUGAAAAAGGAUGUUUAAAGGGCUUUCAGGCCAUGAAAACGUGUCAACAUGAACAUUUGUCCUCAACAUAAGGAUUACACUGUCUGAUAUAGCAAUGUAUACUGUUGAUGGAACAAGUAAAAACCACAUCAGAAUUUCACAUUAUACGAAGAAAUCCAUUCUUUUCUCACUGCAUAAUUGUAUUUUCACUGCAAGUAAAUUGUGUUUUAAUGCCGCCUUUUGUGUACAAUAUUCUUCAUUUCAUAUGCUAUUGAUGAACUCUGGUUAUUUUUUGUUCAAAUAACAUAGGUUUUCAUUGUAAAUUGGGGAUAAGUUUAGAUCAGUCUCAAUUGUUUGUUAUUUGGAGGUAUUGUUAUAAUGCGAGGAAAUAACUAUGGUAUUAUGCAUAAUUUUUUAUUACACUAAGUCUUGGUCUCUGGUAAGUCCAUCAACUAUAGAUUAUGAGCUUUGUGCACCACUGGGUGAAUGAUUUCAUGAUACAAGUGCUGUGACCUCUUAGUCUAUAACUAAAAAUAUUCUUAGUUUGGGAUUGUGGGUAAGAUUGACCCCAUUCUGUGAUUUAUUACAAACAUACCAAAUAUUGUACACCAUUGUCUGAUGUGCAUGUAUACUGCACUGGAGUGAAUUCACUGGGUUACUUUUCGGGAUUAAACAUAGAACUUUGAUGACCAUUGCAAUGAGAUUAAAUGCCAAUACAUUUUAUUAAACAUCCUCUUUUCUAUGUGUAUUGUUGUGGACAGAUGGGUUUUUAAAUUCAAGGCCCUUUAAAUGUACAAUAUUGCUUUGCCUCGGCCGAGUUGUUCAAAAUGUGUUGUAUAUGGUUGUACCUAUAUCUUCUUGUUAUCAGUAUACAAUUUCAUAUACAUGUUAUACACAUUGUGAUAUGGGCUUUUAUAAAGCGGUUGAUACAUCAAUAAAUAUGGAAAUAUCA